AUUUGCAGUGGUGCAGCCGGAAACAUGUGUUGCUGAAUGUAACAAAUCUCCCGAGUGUAUCAGCUGUGGGCAGUGAGCGAGCUGUCUGGGAGUGGACAGCAUGGCAUCGCCGGGGGAGGACGAUGGAAUGGAUGCGCUUUACGACCACUUCAAGGAUAAGAAGUACAAGGGAGGCUUCAACGAGGAUAACUGGGAAGAGGAAUUCGAAAAGAUUCCGAUGUUUAUGAAAAAAGCUCCUGAAGAACUUGAUCCUUUGAAGCAUCCAGAACUUGCUUGCAUCCAGUCAAUGUUGUACGAUGAGGAUCAAUCUCCAGAAGAGCUUGCAAAAACAUACAAGAAUGAAGGUAAUCAUUACUUCAAGGAAAAGAAUUACAAGAAAGCCAUAAUCUCCUAUACUGAGGGACUGAAGAGAAAAUGCAGUGACUCUGAGCUGAAUGUCAUACUCCAUACAAACAGAGCAGCAGCACAAUUUUAUUUAGGUAAUAAUCGAUCUGCACUAAAUGAUGUGAUUGCAGCUCGAAAACUGAAACCAAACCAUUUGAAAGCGAUCAUUAGAGGUGUCCUUUGUCACAUUGAACUGAAAAAUUACAGCCAGGCAAUAGCAUGGUGUGACGAUGGCCUCCAGUUUGAACCCAAAGAAAAGCAACUCAUUGAAUUGAGAGCCAAAGCUGAUAAACAGAAGCGCAUUGAAGAGCGUAACGUAAGGAAAUCAAAACUGAAGGAGAAGAAGGACCGGGUGCAAGCAGAGGCCUUACUGAAGGCUAUCAGGGAGAGGAAGAUCAAGGUAUUUCAGCCUCAGGAGUUGUCCAGUCAAAACUCUGAUAGUGAUGAUGAUGGUGAUAAUAAGGAAGACAGCAGGAUAUUAAGAACACUGUUUGAUGGCAUAAACUCUGAGAAUGGCAUUGUCGUGCACUUGGAUGAAAGUGGCUCCUUAAAUUGGCCUGUGUUGUUUCUGUAUCCUGAAUAUGAACAAAUGGAUUUUAUCUCAGCGUUUCAUGAAGACACCCGGUUUAUGGACCAUUUAUCUGUGAUGUUUGGUGAGAACGUCCCCCCUUGGGAUACAGAAAAAAUAUAUAAGCCAAACAAUUUAGAGCUAUAUUUUGAAGGUGAGCAAAGAGAGGAUCUGUUCCGGGUAGAUCCCAUGUGCAGUCUGCGCCAGAUUCUGAGCCAUGAUAGGUAUAUUGUGAAGGCUGGAAACCCGAGAAUCAUAAUUCUAGUAAGAGAUUCAUCAUUCUCCAAAGAGUUUCUAUCAGGAAAGAAGCUCCAAGUCAGUUAAGAUAAUACAGAGUUGGCAGCAACUGUGGAUAAAGUAGUUAUCAUUUCUAAUUCUAUAUGA